UCAACAAGCUUUUUCUCCAGGUUUACUUGUUGCAUGUGUGCGCAGUGCCCCGGAAAUACAUCCGGAUCAUUUUUCAGCGCAGGGUUAGAUAUUCGCCGAUACAGCAUCAUUACUCGGGCGGAGUUGUGUUGGAGGUGCCGGUGGUGUUAGCGGCGGUGUGUGUGGAGGUUCCUUCCUGCACGUAGACUAUGGAGGCGUUUACACAGCGUGUAGUGUUUAACUACAGCGUGAGCUUCACGUGGAGCACUAAGCAAUUAAAAUAAAUGCUCUAAUUUUUUUGUUCUGUGCACUCCAAAUCUAAUGAAGAUUUUAACCCGAAAAAACAAUCACUAUUACAGAUGAUUCUAAACUUAAGCUCGUGUUUCAUAUCCAAGCCUAUUUUUAAGAACCUUUAAGCUUUACAUGGUCAGCUCUGUGCCUGGAUCGUAUCUUUUACUCUGGAUAUCAUCUCCUUAUGUAUAAUCAGAUUGCCUCAAUCCGUUCAGAUCUUUUGUAAGAGAAUAUUUUAAGGAAUAAUUUAACCCAUUCUGUGUAUGAGAAGGACCUAGAUAGUCUGGUCGUGCAGUCCUUUGCAGUGUGUUAUGGGUGUAUUUAAAGUUUAAUCUAAUUAGAUUAGAAAUGCAUUUUUCUCACAAUGUGUAGAAUUUUGUUUUUGUGGAAUUUUUUUCUGCUGCCACAAUCAUGCGUUCUGUCAUCAACAAAGGACAGUGUGGAGCGGGUGGAUGCUCGCCACCUGAACAUAGAAGAGUUCAUUCAACGCUUCGAAAAGCCUUACAAGCCCGUAGUUAUUCUUAAUUGCCAGGAGUCAUGGUCUGCCCGGGAAAAAUGGACCCCGGAACGACUGAAGCGCAAGUACCGUAAUCAGAAAUUCAAGUGUGGUGAGGACAACGAUGGCUACUCUGUGAAGAUGAAGAUGAAGUAUUACGUUGACUACAUGGAGUCCACGCAUGAUGACAGUCCGCUAUAUAUUUUUGACAGCAGUUAUGGUGAGCACGCCAAACGCCGCAAGCUGCUGGAAGACUAUGAGGUGCCAAUAUUCUUUAGAGAUGAUCUCUUUCAAUAUGCAGGAGAGAAGCGCCGACCACCUUACAGGUGGUUUGUGAUGGGCCCUGCACGCUCCGGCACAGGCAUUCACAUCGAUCCACUAGGCACGAGUGCAUGGAAUGCCUUGGUGCAGGGUCAUAAGCGCUGGUGCCUGUUCCCCACACACACCCCACGUGAGCUUAUUAAGGUGACAAGAGAAGUGGGUGGCAACCAGCAGGACGAGGCCAUCACCUGGUUCCGUGUAAUUUAUCCACGCACACAGUUACCUUCGUGGCCUGCUGAAUUCAAGCCAAUGGAGAUUCUGCAGGGUCCCGGAGAAACCGUCUUUGUUCCUGGUGGCUGGUGGCAUGUUGUCCUCAACUUGGAGACUACCAUUGCAGUUACUCAGAACUUUGCAAGUACCACAAACUUUCCCAUUGUUUGGCACAAGACUGUUCGUGGGCGACCUAAACUCUCCAGGAAGUGGUACAGAAUUCUAAAGCAGGAGCAGCCAGAUUUAGCUGCUCUGGCAGACAAAGUGGACCUGCAGGAGUCGACAGGCAUUGCUUCAGACAGCUCUAGUGACUCCUCUUCGUCUUCUUCCUCAAGUUCCUCUGAUUCCGAUUCAGAGAAGGCUGAAUCAGGCUCGGAGGGUGAUGCCAUGACCCACCGCAGGAAGAAGCGAAAAACCUGUGCUGCAAUGGAAAAUGGUGACGGUACAAGCAAAGAUGCCUGUGUGAGCAAAGAGCGUAGCUCCUCACGAUGACCUCCACCCCCAGCUCCACCAGAGGAAUCUGUCAUUGUUUUUUGUUUUUUUCUCUCUCAAUCUGGUUUGCUGCUUAAGUAAAUAACUAAUGAUUUAAUUGGCACAAGAAGAAAUUUAGUUCCAUUAUGUACGUGGUACAUGUUUGACAGGGUGACCGUUAAAUACUGGGAUAAAAAUCGUCUGUGCUCAUUGCAUUAAUGCCCUUGUGAAGAUUCUGGCAUUGGGGUAAUGGUGGUACAUGUGUUUAUCUGCCACUUUUAACAUCUAAAUGAGCUGUCUCUAGCUGUACUAUUCCUGCUCUAUACUGUUGCGCCUGAGCUUUACUCUUAUGGACCCUGAUGCAGUUAAAAAAUAACUAUAUGAACAUUGUUGCCAUGUGCAUGCAUAUGAACAUGCACAAGCCCACAUGGCUGCAUUACUGCAGGGGUUUUAUGAAUGCAGAAUUCAUGUUGGAUUUUAUAUUUAAGGCAUUACUGAAGUUCUUUUUAAUAGAGUAAUGCUCCUGUUUUUUUUUUUUUAUCUAUGUACUGCAUCUGUAGUGUAUAUGCACACAAAUACUGUUUCUCUGUACAGAGAACUGAACCAUCCCUCUUACUGGAAAUCUAAAGCUAAUGUUAAAUUGUCUCAAUAAAUGUUUGUUAUAAAUA